AUGGGGCGUGGCGGCAGCGGUCGCGGGGCGGGCAGCGCCUGGUGGCGCUACUGCAGGAACAUCACCAGCAACGGCGACCUCUGCAUCUGCGGCAGCAGCCUCGGCAGCCUCGUGCCCGAAGGCCACGUCUACAAGGAUGACGAAGGAGGCGGCGACAAAGCAGGCCAACGAGACCACACGGUCAGCCUCCAGGCCGCAGCUGCCGCAGCCUACAACAAGCUCAGCAAGGACGACCCGCUCAGGGCCCACUACGAGGCGCUCUGGCUGGACAAGCUCCAGAAAAAAAAGGUGCGAGCAGCAGGAGAGCAGGUGGAAAGCGCCAAGCAGUACCUGGUUGAGAGCGAACGCAAGCUUCACGACGCCAUGGCAGCCUCCAUCGUCGCAGAGGAGGAGUUCGACACGCUCAAGGCCCAGGUCGGAAAGCCCGAAGUGCCAGCAGCAAAACAACCUGGAGCAGAGAAGACGGCACUGGCAUCCCUCCUGGAGCAGUUCGAGAAAGAACCAGACGACUUCCACAAGUGGGCUGAACCUGACAAAGGAACCUGGCGGGCAGCAAAGGCAAAAGGCGAGGCAAUGGCGCAGAAGGUCAAGGAGCACGAGGCGGAGACGGCAAAGCACCUGCGGUACCUGGAGGAGGAGACCGCCAACCACCAGGAGCAGCUGCGCCAGCUCGAGCAGGCACGCACAAAGCGGCAGACGGAAGCACAGGCGAGCAAGAAGAAGGCUCGCCGUCAGUUCAACGUGGACUUCCUCAACAUCACGACCUGGGGCCCGCAGGCCCAGGACUACUUCAAGGAGAUCAGAAGCACCAAGGACAGGAACAUCAUCGGCAUUGCGGAGCAUCACCUUCGCCAGCCUGUGCAGAUCAGCAGGGCGCGAGCAGCCUGCGACGGCAUGGCCUGCGCAGCUACUGGACUCGAGCACGGCCAGGAGAAGGUGCGUUUCGCGGUAGCCUUCCUCUACCUGGAGUGCGGCAAGGGCCUCAGCGACAGGAAUGUGAACAUCCUCUGCGACCUGAGAGAGAAGAUGGCAGUCUGGGGAGGCCCCUGGGCAGCGAUGGGUGAUUUUAACAUCGCGCCGUCGGAGCUCAACGACAGCAUUUGGCCCAGGGUGUUGAAUGGGCAGGUGGUGGCCGCAGAAGGCUGCGAGGAGGCCGAAAACGACAUGGAGCCCGUGCCCCAGUUGUACUACGACAAGGAGGUCCAGCACGUGGUCACGGAUGAGUUCUGGCACGCCGCAGCCGAGCAGGUCAGAGCGAAGGUGCGAGAAGAGCUCCCGCCACGCCUGACAGGCACCGUCAUCAGCAAGCUCAUGGAGCAGGACAUGCUGGAGCUGGGGCAGCAGUACGACCUCUUCGCGGGAACCCUCGAGCUCAGCCUGUGCGAAAGCAUCGGCAUCCCAGCAGACAAGCGGGGCAAGCACAUGGGCCAUGGCCGCCCCCCGACGUUCAAGAGCGUCAGCACCAAGGACGGCGAAGCUAAUCACCAGCAGAUCCCAGAUGACCAGGACAGCAUCGGGCACCACCUGGCAGACCGCCGAGGACGGAGCACCAUGGACAUGGAUGACUACGACCCCUUCCAGGACGAGGAGGACAGCGAGGAUGGCCACCAGCAGCCCGCAGGUAAGCAGGACGGCGAAGACACCCACCAGCAUAACCCAGAUGACCAGGACAGCAUCGGGCACCACCUGCAGUGGGAGAACGCCGACGAGGACAACGGGGAUUGCCGCCAGCACUCCACAGAUAAGCAGGACGGCGAGGAUUACCACCAGCAGAUCCCAGAUCAGCAGGACAGCAUCAAGGGCCACCAAGGCGACCUGGAGAGGUGGGCUGCAAUCUGGAUGGAUGGCCUGAGCCAGGUACCAGCGGACAACACCAACUGGAUGGAGUGGUGCCCGCCCUUCCUGGAGGUGGUGUUCUCCAACGGCGGCAACAUCGGCCUGGAGCGGCUCCUCAGGCACAACGAAGAAGGCGAGGCCAAGGAGCAUCAGCAGAUCCUCCUGGCGACGCUGGGCAUGAUCGCAGAGGGAGCCCUGGUGGACCCUGCUACCAGCCACCAGGUCGCUGAAGGAGUCAGGAGCGCAGCCAAUAACCUCACCAAGGCGGCGAAGAAAGCGUACAUCCACUGGGUGCACGAUGCCACGGCAGGCAGCGCCAAGUUGGCCCACGCCUACACCAAGGCAGCGGAGCGCAGCCACAUCGAGGACACCCUGGGGCAUGAGGGCCAGGUGAUCUCGCACCCGCAGCAGCUGGUGGACCUGCGCAAGGGCGCGUGGCAGCGAAGGUGGACACGUGAUGCGCACAAGUCAGACCAGAUCCAGGACGCGCUGGGCAAGCUGAGGACGGCAGCGCUAGCCCAAGACAGUGCACCCGAGCCCCUCAGCAAGGACAUCGUCGGCUCCAUCAUCCAGCACCUAAAGCGGAACGCGGGCCAGGGAGCUGACUGGUGGAGGGCGCCAGAACUAAAGGCCAUGGGCGCCCAGGGGCUCACGGAGUUCGUGCAGUGCCUCCGCAACUGCGAGGAGCGUGCGGCGUGGCCAUGGCAGUUCUACCUAGUGCUGGAGCUGCUGCUGGGCAAAAAGCCAGGCAUAGGAGGCGAGCGACCCAUCGGCCUCAUGCCCAUGCCCUACCGUAUCUGGAGUGCGGCUAGACGGCCCAUCAUCGCCACCUGGAGCAAGGAGGCUGCAGGUUUCUGGGACACGGCAGUGGCAGGCUCCUCAGCGCUCAGAGUGGCGAUGCACAGGCUGAUGAGGGCAGAGGCGGCAGUGCAAAUGGGCUUCCACGCAGCUGGCAUCUUCUACGAUGCGGCCAACUUCUAUGAUAACCUUGGCCUCGACCAGCUGAUCGAGAAGGCCGGCGACCUCAACUACCCUCUGCUGCCCUUGGCCAUGGCAGUGCAGAUGUACCUGGCGCCGGAGGCCAUCAUGGCCCACAGCCUUUUCUCCGACAUCUUCGAGCCCGCCAACAGCAUGGUAGCAGGUUGUGGCCAGGCCGUGGACCUCACGAGGCCGCUCCUCUACGGUAUCAUGGAUGCAGCGUACAGGCACCACAUCUACGUGGUGAUCCAGCAGUACUUGGACGACCUGGCCCUGCAUAUCGAAGGAGCAAGAAAGCGAGUCAUAUAUCACGUGAAAUACGUGGCAGCCUUGGUGCAUCAGGGUUUCGCGAGGCUCUCCAUUCCGAUAUCCAUCAAGACGGCAGUCGCGGCCUCCGACAAGGACCUCCAGCAGGAGAUAGCCAGCAUCCUGGAUGGCCUGGGCACCCCGAAUAAGCAGCCUGGAGUUGUCCGAGACUUGGGCGUGGACACGGGGCUGGGCAAGCAGCUGAAGCGGCCCACCCAUGCAGCCAGGCAGGCGAAAGCAAAGCAGCGCGUCGCAAAGCUCAAGGAUCUCGCCAAGACGGGUGCCAGAGGUGCAGCCAAGGUAUACGCAGCGGGGGCCUACUGCCAACAAGCCUGGGACCUGCCAGCGCACGGCAUCACUUCCACGGAGGCGACCAAAUUCAGGGCCACAGAGGCAGCGCUGCUCACAGGAGGGCACAAAGCAGGCCGAUGCACAUCCACCAUCCUCCUGAUCCAGAGGGGCGCGCACGAGGCGGUUACCAGGGCCAUCGUGGAUCAAGUCAAGCAGUUCUGGCUCACCAUCGUAGACCACCCGACGGAGCUCAAGCGGUACCAGAGAGGCUGGCACAUGCUGUACGACAAGCUGCAGGCCCAGGAGCCCAACAGGAGGUGGAACCAGGUAAAGGGCCCCAUGGCAGGCGUCAUCGUGCAGCUGCUGGGGCUGGGCUGGAACCCAAGGCGGCCGGAUAGCUGGACCAGUCCAGCAGGAGAUGAGUGGGCGUACCGACCAGAAGACAUCCCACACUUCGGAGCGCUCCUCCAGGAGGUCCAGCUGAGCGCUCAGCUACAGCUCUGGCAGAAAGCGGCGGAGCAUCGGCACGGCGCAGGACUGCAGGAGGGGGGCGACCUCUACCAGCUGCACAGACACUUAAGGAGGAGGCGACGCAAAGGGCAACACGCCGAGGCGGCCAUGCUGGAGACCAUCGCAGUGGCAGGCAUUUGGACACGGGAGCGGCGCAGAGCAGCGAACCUCAACCAGGUUGACCCAGACGAGGACGUCGAGAAGGCGGCCCACAUCUUCUGCACCAACGCGGAGGCCCAAGCAGCAGCGCAGGCGGGCCACAAAGUCCAAGCCGAUUACAUUUUCACGGAUGGCUCCGGGGGGGCAGGUGCGACAGCCAAGGACCCCAGGCUACGGAGAUGUGGCUGGGCGGCGGUGGCCUUCAGGUACGACCGGGACGGCCUGCCUCAGGAGGUGGCAGCUUGGUACGGCACGAUCAGGGCGCCGCACGCGGUGCCAAGCGCGGAGCUCACGGCCAUUAGCAAGGCCAUCGGCUACACGACGGCGGCUUCAGCACGUGGGCUCAACAUCGUCAGCGAUUGCAAGUGCGCCCUGGAUGCCCUCAAACAGAUACAAGACCCAGAGGGCCUUGAUUACAGGAGCACCAAUUUUGACCUUUGGCUCAUGGCCAAGCGGCAACUCCAGAACAGCACCGACCACAUCAUGGGCCACCACAUCCCCAGUCACAUGAUCGAGCACCCGAAGCAUGGAACGCUGGGCCCUGCCAUAAUCGCGCAGCAGCAGAUCACGGACCAGAUCACGGUGGCAGUCCAGAACAGGCUGCUGGGCAUCAGCAUGGCGGUGAUGGUUGAGGAUCCCAACAAGCACCAGAACGUGAGGCUCGAUUUCAAGACAGUGCAGAUCGGCACGCAGGUCGUCCACGACACCCACAAGACGCAGCUCACGCAGGGUUGGCCCAGGUGCGAGAAGUGUGGGGCCACCAGCUACCUUGGGAACCACAAGGGCCGAAUUGUUGCAGGCGUUGCGCGCAAGCUGGCCAAGCCAUGUGUCCCGCCCACUACAGUGGGCCGCAGGGUCAUCACGGACUUGCAGAAGGGGAGGCUGCCGCGAAGAGCAAAGCAGGACGAGGGCCUAGCGGCAGCCGCGCCACCAGUGGAGGUCACGACAGUGGGCUUCAACCCAGGAGCGAGCAGCGCAGAGGUGAUCGACCUGGACGGAGAAAGCUCGGAAGCAGAGACACCGCAGCCAGCUCAGCCACAACCUCCAAGGCAGCCCCACCCAGUAGCCCAGGCGAGCUGGCAGCUAGUGGACCACAUGGAGGGCUACGCGGAGCAGUGGAUGAACAUGGUGGACCAGGGUGUGUGGGAGGACAAGGGCGACUGGAUGGAGCAUGGUGUCCCGUACCUGCUCGCCGUCACCAACGCUGGAGGCAGGGCGGACGUCCAAGACCAGAGGAGGGCAGUCACGCCAAUGGAGAUCCAGCAGAUCAUCGACUUCUGCGAGGACAUCUGGAAGAACACCCACAGGGCGCAAAGGAGGCUCAUGACACACAUGCUCACACUCCCGCACGGCUCCAGACAGCAGGCGGCAAGAGUACACAUGGAAGCUUGCCAGGGCAGGCGGAAGACCAUCCUCACCCACAGCAUCCCCAGCAGUGAGCGCAGGCCACUACCCAGCACGGCGGAUGACUACAGAGCGCGGACCCCUGAGUACCAGGACGACAACUCCACGCAACCAGACAGUGAGGUGCCAGAGCUGGAAGGUCAUGACAGUGACCGCGACAUGGACACCAUUAAUGCGACAGGCCAGCUCAACGAUGCCACAACCUGCGACAAGACCAGUGCGACCUUUCAGGGGACACCGUGGUUCGCCAAGCCGACGGGACCCGACCCGAUGAAGCACGUGCGGGAGGCCAAGGACGCAGGCACGCAGCACCUGCGACUCCGCCAGCAACGAGGACACGAAGACCAAGACCCUGAGCAAGAGCUGGCCUGGCUUAAGAGGCACCGCAUGGAGCAGCCCAUGCAAUCGCUGGCAGGAGGCUAA